UUUUUUUACGUUUUUGUUUUUUUUUUUGGUUUUGAAGAUCGAGGGAAAAGGUUGUAAAAGCUUAAAAGAAAGGAAAACAUGUUGGAUCUUAACCUUGAUGUUGUCUCAUGUGAGUCAUCUUGUGAUGAGAACAAGAUGCUAAUGAAUGGAGACAAGCUACCUGGAGGUGUAACAUUAACUCAUAUGGAAGAUUCAGGUUCGACGAACUCUUCCAUCAUCAACGCCGAAGAAGUUCCAUCCAAUGCCGGGGACGAGAACUCUUCCAACAACGAUGCUUCCGCACUCAUUUUCGAUAUCUUAAAGAAAGAAACGGAUGAGACCACCACCACCACCAUCACCACCAAUGCUGAAAAGGUCGAAAACCCUUCGCCGGAUUUCGUUACGAGACAGCUUUUUCCGGUCACCGGAGAAAAGGGCGGUCUAGAGUUGGAGUUUAGAGCUAGCUUUGGAACAAAGUCUUCGGCUAGGCCUCAGUGGUUGAAUUUAUCUUAUGCUGAGGCUAGUCGUGAGGCAGAGUUGAAAACUGUCCCGCUAAAGCCUCAACCAAGGAAGAGUAGGCGGGGCCCAAGGUCCCGGAGCUCACAGUAUAGAGGUGUCACGUUUUACCGGCGAACCGGCCGAUGGGAAUCACAUAUAUGGGAUUGUGGGAAGCAAGUAUAUUUAGGGGGAUUUGACACUGCCCAUGCUGCGGCCAGAGCAUAUGAUCGAGCUGCAAUCAAGUUCCGGGGAGUUGAUGCUGAUAUCAACUUCAAUUUAAGUGAGUAUGAGGAAGAGAUGAAACAGAUGAAGAAUAUGAGUAAAGAAGAAUUUGUGCACAUCCUUCGACGUCAAAGCACCGGAUUCUCAAGGGGGAGCUCAAAGUACAGAGGUGUAACCUUGCAUAAAUGUGGUCGAUGGGAAGCUCGAAUGGGACAAUUCCUGGGAAAGAAGUAUAUUUAUCUUGGAUUAUUCGACAGCGAAGUAGAAGCUGCAAGGGCCUAUGACAUGGCUGCAAUGAAAUGUAAUGGAAGGGAAGCUGUAACCAACUUUGACCCAAGCACUUACGAAGGGGAAAUUACAAAUAGUCUAGGAGGCAGUUCUCACAAUCUUGAUCUGAGCCUUGGGAUUUCUGCCCCUUCUGUCGCCCAAAAUGCAAGCAGCAAUGCAGGGGAUUUCCAUUUUCAGCAUGCUGCUAGUGCCAGAGAGAGACCAGUGUUUGAGAGCUCUGCUCCUACAUCUACUGGUGUAGAACCUCAACAUGGUCUAACAAUAGGAUCUAAGCACCCUCCCAUAUUGUCUGGUGUUUAUCCUGGCCUAUUACCAAACAAUGAGGAAAGGGGUAUGGAGAAGAGGAUCGAAGCUGUUUCCACGACAAGGUUUUCAAACUGGGCAUGGCAAAUGCAAGGCAAUGGCAACAUUACGGCAACUCCAGUGUUUCCUAUUGCAGCAUCAUCAGGAUUCUCUUCAUCCAGUGCCACUGCAUUAUCAACUGCUUUCCCUUUCAGCAAUUCUGUCCAAAACGUCUGCCUUCUGACACCGGCCACAUCCCCAAAUAACAAUUCUUAUUACUUUAGUUACAGGAGCUGAAAUCAAACAAGACCUCGAACCGCAACUGCUCUUCAUUAUGCUCUUUAGAAAAACUAGGUGAGCAAAAAAGAAGCUGAAAACAAUUGGAAUAUUCUGUAGAGUUUGCACCUGUUACAAGUGUGUAAUAGAAUAUCAAGCAAUUCUUGUUACAAUACUCAAGGGGCCUGCUGUCAUAACAUUUUUAUGUUAGCAUAAUCCUCUGCAGGACCUGGUGCAAUUACAAAUCA